AAUGUCAAAACAAAGAUGUUAAAUCAAUAAUUCUUGCAAUUUUAUGUGCAGAAGUUUAACCUUGAUUGUUUUCUUGUAUUCAACAUGGAGAUUUAUGCACACCUAUUAGUGCAUAACUUGCUGUCAUUGAGUAAAAUCCAGUGUUUACAAAAUGGUUGACUGAUUAUUUCAUGGAAAGUUGUACUAGCCUGCUUACUACAGUACUAAGGACUGAGAUGUGUUUGAAGCUGACAGUUUUGAUGAGGGAGAAAACAGUAACAUGAAUAUUUUUAUUUGCAUAUUGUCACUAUAAUAUUUCCAUGAUGUCUAACUAUACUAAGGCCGAGAGGAAGCAGUUUUCCAAGAAUACGCAGGAGUACAUCAUCAAACCACUUCUAAAACAAAGAGAAACAGGCGAGCUAUGUGAUGUGGAGUUGAAACUGAAUGGGAGGACAUUUUAUGCCCAUCGUGCUAUACUGGCUUUAUGGAGCCCAUAUUUUCUGUCUAUGUUCACAUGUGACAUGCGUGAAAAACAGACAGCAGUCAUUGAUUUAUCACAGUCACUGAUCGUUGAGAAUGAUGAUGUGUUUGAACAAAUUCUGAAUUACAUGUACACUGGAAAUCUAGUUCUGAACAAUUCCAAUGUUGAAGAUGUUGUUAGAGUAUCAGAUUUUUUUCUGAUGGAUGAUGUUAAGGAUUACUGCAGUCAGUUUUAUUUAGAGUUGGGAAACCUGGAUUUGACUAACUGCUUGAGGUUGAAAUACCUUUCUGAAAAUCAUAACUUGCCACAUGUUGCCAGUGCAUGUCAGUCAAUGAUUCAGUCAAGAUUUCAUGACUAUCUGGUUUAUCAUGAUGAAAUCAUUGAAUUACCAGGAGUUUAUCUGUUCAGGAUACUGGAAGACCCUCUUGUUGUAAGGCAUUGCAAAUAUAAUCAGCUGAAAAAGCUUGUGCACCGAUGGAUUGAUGCUGACAAAGAUGCUCGGUCAAAGUUUCAGGCAGAUCUGAGUGCUUGUAUAAAAUUGUGGGUCUGUGAGCAUAUAAGUGAUGUUCCUGUCCAUUCUAAAUGCUCGACUAGUGUUAUUAUGCAGUCAACAUCAAAUGUUGUGAAAUCUGAAGAUAACAUGUCAGCCAGUGUCUCACAAGUAGAAAGCAUUGAUUCAUCAAUAAGACCUAAAAACAAUAAUUUGCCAUCAAAAUUGCCCGUUCUAUACUCAAUUGUGAGCAAUCAAGGGAUGAAGUUUGUCAAAGUGAUGGUUUACAACAUUACACAUCAGAAAUGGCUGCAUUUUCCUCUUGCUAGUGAAAAGAUUGUAAGGAUAAUGCCAGUAAGGCAGACAAUUGGAAACAUGAUAUCACACAAGAAUCACCUAUACAUGUACCUCUGCUCCUCUUUUCCGUAUCCAACUGACAUGAUGAAAAUAAACAUUCUAGUUGUUGACACUGUUAAAGUUCAGGCCUCACUGUACAGUUUCAAGACAAUGGAUUACUACAACCCUUGUUACCGCACUACUUUGACCAACUGUCGCACAGUGCCACCAGCAAUGGUUUACUGCAAUCAGAACCUGUACAUAGUGGGUAACAAAGAGGGCACUGGGCACCUGUUUCUUUGCAACCUUCACACACAGGAAUACAAAUGUUACCAGAUCCCCGGGACUCGCUUCAUCAGCCUUGCCAGAGCAACAGUAAAAGGAGAUCGUUUCAUUUUUCUCUGGUUCAGAUAUCGAACUGGACCAUCUGAAGAGUUCUGUAUAAAGAAGUCUGUUGGAUUUGCAAUGUUUGACGUAAAAAGUAAGAUUUUCAAUACCUGGGACAUUGCUCCACCGGAGGUGUCAUAUGAGGAGUUUGCAAGCCCCUACACACUAUGCUGUCGUGAUGAUACCAUUCUCAUCUACUACCCUGGAAAACCAACUUCAGUUCUUGAUGAAGUACGAUACAAGUGGAUCACUUCCAUGAGGCGUCUACCUGCACCCUCUCACCUGACAAAACUGAACUCAGAAUCAAUAGAACCAGAUUUUUCAAGGUUCCAGCUACAAGCGGCGACAGACAGCAGCAUUUUCAUACUGAACAAUGAUGCCCCCUACACCACCUCCAUGUAUGAGGUUAGUGAAUCUCUCGCCCAGGCUUGUGCCCACACCCCUCCCCCUAUAGACCAGAUCUCCAUGGUGACCGGGGGUCACAUGAGCCAUGCUCUGCUUCAGGAACUACAGGUGUUUGAUGGAUAUGAUGAUGUGUAUGCAACCAGUCUUCAUGUUCCUAUGAGAGUGUCUGACCCGGAAACCGAGGACAGCGGAGGUACCUCAAACUCAGAAAGGGAUUCAGACAAUGACUUUGAGUAUGAUGAAGACAUUUAUGAUUAUGACUACGAUUUGGAUGCUGAGUUUGCAUUUUAAUGCCUCAUAAUCACACUAUCUGACAUUAUUUCCAUGUGCAAUAUUAUUCUGUGCAAUACUUGAUUUUUUUUCAAUCCUUUUUAAAUGUACUUCAAAAUAUUGUCAUUAUAUUACUACGAUCUUUCCAUUUGGUGCAUGCUACUGUUGUGAUAAUGUGAAAACUAGUCAAGACACAAGUACAAUAUAUAUUCAUCAUCACUUCAAUAAACAAUGUUAUAUUAAAUGUUAUACCGGACAACGUUUUUUCACUUAACAGCCUAGCAUGGUAAUGUUAGAACUAAAUUUUCUCUUAAAUUACCGUAUGGUCUAUAACCUGGACCACCUAACCACUGUACCAUAAACAUGCUAAUUUAACAUUCAACUCUUUUAAGUAUUUUGUAUUAAUAUUUAAUGUUCUUGUGUUUUUUUGGUAAAUAGUUUACCUUUUUCACAAUAAACCAUAUUUUAAGCUUUCAAAAGUCCUUUAAUAGCCUAUUAUUGCCUGCCACAUACCACAAAUUGUGUAACUGGUAUAAUUUCGAUAAACUAGAAAUAAUUGGCAUUUUAUUACUUAUCAGUUGAAUCAAAUGUUAAUGAUGUACAUAACUGUUAAUUGGUGUUUCUAAUAAAAACAUAGGUAUCAUUGCAGUAUAAUAGUACUUUUAAAAAGGCAAGAAUUGAACAGUAAAGUACUUUACGUUGGUCUCGGUUUCAAUAAUAGUCUGAAUUAUGCUCAUAUAAAGUUUUGGUCAAUAAUUUCUUAGAGCAAAAACCAUUCUUGAGAAAUUACUCAAAAAAUAAGUUUAUGUUCUCAACUGUUUUUUGACCUUAAAGAAUAGUACACAUUUUGCAGGGUCAGGAUAAGUGCAAAUAUUGGAUAAUAAAUUAAGACCUGAUCAUGUUCACAAGGUCAAUUAUAUCAAUAUUGACAAUUUUUAAUCAUAAUCCAGUCAAUGAAUGUACAAAUCAGGCUGGAUUUUAAAAGGAAGUGAGCUCUUAUAUAUGGAUAUCUAACUAAGUACUGUAUAAGUUUGGUAAACAUCGGAUAAUAAUUCAAGAAUUAAUCAUGUUUACAAGGUCAAUUUUUGCAAUUUUGACUAUUCUAAGGCCCAUAACCCAGCCAUGCAUGGACGAAUAUGGCUGUUUUUUUUUUAAAAAGAACUGAGCUCACUGAUAUCUAGGUACUGUAUAAGUUAGGUAAAUAUCAACUUAUCCUUGUCAAAGGUCAAUUUUAACAAUUUUGACUCAUUUAAGGGCCAUAAUCCCGCCAUGCAUUGAUCUGACUGGUUUUUUAAAAGAAUCAAACUCUUUUUGAUAUAUUGCUACUGUAUAAGUUUGGUAAAUGUCCCAUAAUAAAUGAAGACUUUAUCUUCACAAGCAAUUGUUAACAGAUGCACAGACUUUGGACAGAAGAGCUAAAAGUAAAUUAGAAAUAACCAGAAUCUUUUUAUCGUUACUAUAACAUUUUUUUUCAUGAAAUUUGUAAUCUUGUUGUUGUUUUUUUAAAGCAAUCUUUUCAAUAUUGUUAAGUAUUAUUAUUAAUAACAAAUUAUAUACAAAACCUCAUAAGACUUGAACGGCCAAAUUUGGUAAAAUAUUUUUACAAAAUGAAAGUCCUGGUUCUAUUUUGUUUUACAUUUGAAUACAUUUACAUCAAACUGGAUUAACAGGUUGGUUAAUAAAUGAGCUUUUUGAUUUUCAAAAAUCAACAGUUUGCUUUUGACUUCGAACACAAGUUUCUCAAUGACUUUUAAUAAAGAUAAAUGAGGUAAAAGCCUAAAACUGAUUAUGAACAUGUAUGAUUGUUUUCUUGUUUUAUUAUAUGAAAUGAAGUGCUCCAACCAGGAUUUGAAAAGGGCAGGUGCUAGAUUAGAAAGGGCACUUUUGAUGUGCAUUGGAUGAGCUUUAAUGGGGCACUUGCAAGGGCCAAUUCUUUUUGUGUUUGUGUUUUAACUACUUUCAAUCCUAAAAGUUUGUUAUGAAUACCUUAGCUGUUUCCUUUAAGUGUUAAAAUUAUUCAUAUUUAUUGUUUUGAUACUUAUUUUUGAAAAUUGCCUGUUGAACGAAAGGGCACAGUGGAUUGUAGUAAAGAGGUAGCAGGCUGCUUGAAAAGGGCAGCAGGUGCCCCACCCUGCUAUUUAUGCCUAGCUGGAGCACUGAAAUGUGAUGCAUGAAGAAUUGCAUGUUAUUUUAUAUUUAAUGACCGACACAGUAUGUGCAAGUAAUUAAAAUAGGGCAGUUUUAUUUGAUACAUGUAUAGUUUAAUUUUUUCACAGAUCACUUUUUAUGCCCCCGAAGGUGGGCAUAUUAAAAUCGCACCGUCCGUCCGUCCGUCCGGCUCUGUAACUUUCCCUUGUAUGGACAGAUUUUAAAAUAACUUGCCACAUGUGUUCCACAUACCAAGACGACAUGUGGCGUGCAAGACUCGUGUCCCUACCUCAAAGGUCAAGGUCACACUUAGUGUUUAUUCACAAUGGAGUGCUGCAUAUAACGACAUAGAGUAUAGGUUGUCGUGUCCGGGCUGUAACUUUCUCUUGUAUGGACAGAUUUUAAAAUAACUUGCCACAUGUGUACCACAUACCAAGACGACGUGUCGCGUGCAAGACCCGUGUCCCUACCUCAAAGGUCAAGGUCACACUUAGUGUUUAUUCACAAUGGAGUGCUGCAUAUAAGGACAUAGAGUACAGGUUGUCGUGUCUGGGCUGUAACUUUCCCUUGUAUGGACAGAUUUUAAAAUAACUUGCCACGUGUUCCACAUACCAAGGCGACGUGUCGCGUGCAAGACCCGUGUCCCUACCUCAAAGGUCAAGGUCACACUUAGUGUUUAUUCACAAUGGAGUGCUGCAUAUAAGGACAUAGAGUAUAGGUUGUCGUGUCCGGGCUGUAACUUUCUCUUGUAUGGACAGAUUUUAAAAUAACUUGCC